AUGAGCGCCAACUACUCCCCAUUACCGACAACAACGAACGUCCACCAUCCUCCAUCAAGCCACGCAAUCCUUUCCAAACUUACUUCUAAUGCUCCUCCGACCCGGGUCCGGCGGCUAAUCGUGUUUGCCGCUGUUCUCAUAUCGAGUUCAGUGUUGCUUGUCUACCUCUUAUAUUCGCCUUCCAUUUCUUCUCCAUUUAACUCGCCGAUAUUUUCUUCGACCCAGAGGCAGCAAACACAACAGGUAGCCCCGAAUGACGGCGGCUACUCAGAUGUCAAUCUCGCCGACGACCCAUCCUCGCCAUGGUUUCGGGACCCUCAUCCAGCGCUGCACGCCAGACUUUUCCUUGCGCGGGCCCAAGCAGAAAUCAAAUCGAGAGGGCUGGACACAUGCAAUGGGAAGCUUUCGGGAAAGAUGGUGGACGGGUACAUCGACGCAGCGAUGUCGUACUGUGAGCCAAAAGCUCAGACGCAGGAUGCCUCGGUUACCUGUUUCCCAGUUCGAGCCGCCAAUUCUCCGAAUGCCUGGUGGCCAUAUACCCAGUCGUUCUGUGCCUCCCAAAACCUUAUGCACAAUGCUGGCUGGGGCAGUGACAAUUUGAGGGAAAGGGGAGACUUCAUCGGGAACUGUACGAUAACAGAGGCUGGUCAUGCGCUCAAGAAAGCCAUGGGUCGGGAGAAAUUCUUGGGUGCCGAAUUCACCGAGGCAUCUGCAGGGGCGCCACCGUCUUGUGGCGAAACUAUCACCCAUCCAGUGCUCUUUGUGCCCCGUCAAGACCGGUGGAAUCCGUUCCAUGUUGGGGAAGACCUUGUCACUACCUUCCUUGCCCUUUCCAUUUUCUCCCGCCACUCUGCUCCGAAGGCGAGUUCAUUGUGGAAAGACCUUCCGGAAGCGUAUGCCUCAGACAACGCCAAGUUUACCCAACUUCGUGCUACACUCGAAACAGAGCUUGAAUCAACUGCGGGUCUCCAGCUUAUCUUCCAGGACGAAUACCUUCCUACCCAGUCCCUUUUUGCGCCGCUGUACGAUAGGAUAGGUGCGUGGACUGCGAGGAGACAGGCGGCUGAAGCCCUCGGUGUUUCUGGAUCGCCAACUUGCUUUACCAAUGCGAUGCAUUCCGUCGGAGCUGGGGCCUCGCUACUCAGUGGAACAGGAGUCGGGCACAACUUUGAUUGUGCGAGUGAGUUGGUUUGGGGAGCAAGCUUAUGGUUGAGAUGGAUGUGGGGUCUUGAAAAGACCGUCCCGGGUGGGGCUUUCCUUCAAGGGCUGGCCAAACGAGAGGCGCUGGAGCCUCGUCUACCAUUACAAGGCACUUUUAGCGGAGCGGAGCCUGUGCAAGUGCUUUUCCUUUCACGGGACAAGUUCGAUGCCUAUACCCGUCACAAAAAUGCACAACUUACAGCUUGGCAAAAUGCCCGACACAUCGACAAUGAGCGCGAUCUACUGAUUGGACUACGGAAAGGGUUGGCGGAACUAUGUCGGACGACGACUGACAUCCCUGGCGCUACUUCGCCUGAUCACGCAGCAGGCAAUAUAGACUGCACAUAUACCGACGCCGAUAUGUUACCUGGUUCGUGGGGUGUCCCCAUGCAUAGGCGGGAAGCGAAGGCUCUUGGGCUGAGCCACGACCUCACCCCAGCCCCCGACCAUUCUCAUUACCCGGAAAGACGACGACCACGUUCGGUGUUGUCCGAGAGAGCUGCUUCAGGCGCUCGAGCUUUACGAUUCGCCACCCUUGACCCGACAACGCUGGCCCUUCCUGCCCAGCUAGGAAUGGUUGGGCGGGCAGAUGUAGUCAUCAGUGUCCAUGCUGGGGCACUGGGCCUGACGCUCUUCAUACCAACGGGGCGGUCGAGUGUUAUUGAACUCGUGCCAACGGGCGCUUACGGGAACCAACACUUCCACAAUAUGGCCCAUAUGAUGGGAAAUGAGUAUGUUCAGAUCGGCGUUCAGCGAAACGUCGAUGUGCAAAAGGUGGUCAACUCUGUCAAAGAGGUUGUGCAGAGGAGGUUGCAGGCAUAG